UACAGAAACCGGGAUAAGCUCCGGCCUGAUGGGCCACUUGGCUCGCAUGCAGACUUUACCUUAACCUGAUAACCAUACAGCUCUUUACAUGAUAACUCCAAACAGUUCUGUCAGUGCCACUUUGAAAAUAAGGUGUAACAUUGAGGCAGUAGGUGUUGUUCUUUGCUCACACUGUACCAGAAAAUCUCUUACUAGCACACAUUCUGGUACCCAGGCCAGUAAUGUAUGCAAUGUGUGGGUGCAUGUUUAUUGUGCUUAGUUUAAAUUGCAUAAAAUAUUUCUCCUUCUAGAGGUAUUUAAUUUGCAAAAUAGCUCUUGCACACCUUGUAUUCCUAUGUUAACAGGUGUACGUAAGUCUCUGUUGAUGAAACAUGUCUUCUUUUUCAGUUGUGGAAGUUGUCCCCCAGCCCUUAUCAGCUGCUGACUCAGCAUCUAGAUGCCUGUGAGUGGAGGCUUGCUGUGUGCCAUCCUUCUGUACAAUACACCAUUCUUCAUGCCCUCUACACUUACUGUCAGAGGUAUAACCAUUUCCUUCCUAAUUCUCCAUCAGAAGGCUUGCGCACAUCGCAGGAUGGUGAUGUGGUUUCAAUGUUCAGUUUACUUUCCAAAGUAUUGGGAAAUUCCAGCACAUCACAAGACUCUAGAAAGCUGUGUCUAGUGUGGCUGGUGGAAGUCUUGGACAAAGCUAUCAACAUUGGUGUUCUUGUAGCCAUCAGUAAACAUGUGAGCUUGGAUUCCUUAGCAGAAAGCAUUUUGCCAUCCUCAUUUGACCAUAAUCCCACCAUAUCAUUGGAAGUUUCUCUUUGUCUGAAUAUUUUAGUUGAUUUGAAAGUCCUAUCAACCAAGUGCCUGAGAAAAUUCCUUGAGGAUUGUGCUGUCCGUCUGAUGGAUGUGAAUAGAGAAGUCUGCAAGAACUACCAACAGCUCAUCAAUGCUUUACCAACAGAUAUUUUAACAAGUUCCAUAAGCCAGAGCCUGUUUGAAUCAAGAACUGGUCAAGCCAGAGGCAGUGUAGAUGUUGGCAAACCCUUGGUCACCAGUUGCAGUGAUGUGUGGUUGGCUCGUAAAGGUCACACAGUCAAGCCACCAUCUGGCUCUUUCCAUUCUCAUGAUUUUCAAAUCGUGAUGGGAUUUAUUCUGUCAGGUGUAUUACCUAGCAAAGAGCCAAAUGUCGACUGGUUGUUGAGGCUAUUCCACAGCUGCAACAGAGUUCAGAAGUAUGCAGAAACAGAGAUGGUUCAGUUUAACAGGUGUGAAUCACUGCUUUGGUUUUGGGCCACGUGGGAAGCUGCUCAGUUCUGCAUUUUAUCGCGUCUGCGUACUCCACUUGGUAGAGCUCAGGAAACUUUUCAGGCAAUAGAAGGUGCUUUGCAGAAGUUUGUGAUGGAUGCAAAUGGUGAGGAAGAAAAAAGCAAACCUAAGCAUGAAGAGCCAGGAGCCAAGGAGGAUGAGGGAAAUGAAACAGUAGCUGCUGAAUCCAAACCUUAUGUCAACCACCUCCAGUCUGUAUUGCUGCUACAGUUCAUAGAGAACCUUGAAAAGCUUAUGUACAAUGGCUAUGAAGGAUGUGUAGUGGGUCUACCCUCGCCACCCAAGUCUGUACGGGUAUUUUUCCGCACAAAUCGAAGCACAUGUAUUGAGUGGCUUACUAGAGUGCGUAAACCAGUGAUGAGUGUGGGUUUGGUGUGUGGCUGUCCUGCAGCAACUGUCUGGCAUGGAUUUCAAAUGUUGCAGGAAAUGAAGACUGCAGGAAAUACUCAGGGUGAAGAGUUUGACAGUGCUGUAUUACUGACAGCUCAAGCCUUGUGUGAACUGAGAAGUGCUCAUGCUAUCACUGGUUUAGUGGCCUGGUGUGAACAGGUCUCUGGUCAAAAGUUCUCUUGGAUGAAUGGAACAAUAAUGAAAGCCAAGGGCUGGUAUGAGUCCUCAGCAACAGAAAACAAGUCAACUGUGGAAGAGAUGUUGACCAAAGAGAAAAGCCACCAAGAGGAAAGAAAGACAGGUGAUACACCUCCACCGUGUACUGCUGUGACAACAUUCCCUGUCAAUGAGGUUGCAGACUGUUACAUGAAGUUAUCAUCUUGGAAUGAGGUAGCAGACUGGCAGAAGCAUGUGAAUAACCUGAGAAAACAAUGCUCAGACUCAGAAGUACAGCAUUCACUAAUGGCAAACGUUGACAUGAAUUACGUCAAAGCUUUGAGCAAAUUUGAGGAAUGUGACUUCAUAUCAGUGCGGAACCACCUUCGACUGAUCCCUGGAGCAGCACUGAACUCACUGACUGAGAAUCUGACCAAGUCUGCUUGGUCCGUGAAGCUGAAUCAUCCGGACACAACAUUUACUCCAGUCUGGGCCCCUUACAAUAUUGAGCAGACAGCUGAACUAUCCUUGAUUCAGGCUCAGACGCUGUUCUUUACAUCAGGAAAUUUGAAAGCUAAGACAAAAGAUAACAACACAAAGGAUCAGAAGAUCAUUCAAGCCAUCAAGGAAUGCAUCCAUCAUGCCACAUCCCUUUCUGAAGGAGUGCUUAGAGUGGGAACACUGGGUUGGCCAUUAGAAGUUUCUGCUUCUCACAUGACUCAGCUGCAAUUUGCUACUACUGUAGAGAAUAUCAUGGAGACAGAACUUCACCAGGAGGAUGUAUCUCCAUCAUUUCUCCAAGGAGAUGGAACUUUCACUAUAAACCACACUCACCAUGACUGUGCUGUCCUGAUCAAGGCAUUACGGUUUUGUUCAAACCUUCAUUAUGUCGCCUCCUCAGUGGGAAAACAUCAGGAUCUUGUGAAGAGUGAACUGGUGUCAUUACAGCUGGCAACAGCUAAACUUGCAAGAAAGCAUCACAACUUUAGUCUUGCACAGAAGCUUUUAGUGAAACAAGUUUCUUUGCUUGGAAAUCCAGUGAAGAUUCCACAAGAUUCAAACUGCAGUAAGAAACAAUUUCUUGAACCAUUAAUGGAAAGCUUGAAUGAUGCAUCUUUAGCCACAGCAAAACCAGUUGAUGUGAUGGAAAUACAGAGAGAAUGUUCAAAGUUAGCUUUGGCGUUAGGGCACAGUUCAGAAGCAGUAUAUUAUCUCUCUGACAGCAUUAGUCAGUAUUCAAACUUGGGUGAUAUUGACUCGAACGUUGGUGCUGUAAAUUCGAGAUCACUGCUCACUCUUGCCAAAUGGCUACUUAACGACCGAAAGCUGUUGACUGCAGUCACUAAAAUAAACGGAAAUGGUCUUGCUGUAGCAGCGAAAAUCAGUUCACUGUGUGAGUUGGAGGCAAAUUACGUGAGUCUUGGCCAUAGCAACCUUAUCCCAGCGCAGGAUGAAUCACCAGAGAACUAUUUAAAUUCUACUUCUGUUCCAAGUGUGGCCUGUGGUGUGACUGAUGCCGAGUCUGUCUGUGGCCAGCUUCUGCACUUGGCUACCAUGCAAGCCCCAGAUUUGGGCAAGGUCUGGUUCAAUUUGGCUGGAUGGUGCUAUCGAUGGGGAAGAAAGACGGUUGAACAGGCUAGCUCAAUGGGAAAUGUUGAUCUUUUACCACAAGAAAGGGAAACCGUGUUACAGAAUCUUCCACAGAGUGCUCGUCCUGCUGAGGUGGAGUCAGUUCAGUUGGUACUGGGCCAGGUUCAUGUGACAGCAUAUUUCAACCAGGAUGAGGAUAUUGGUGAAGAGGAUCAGCUGUAUGAUGAUGGAGUAGAAAACACCAAGAAACAGCUUGUGACAGUCUGCCCUGGACUACAGGAUGCCCAACCUCAGUUGCUUGAGAAUCUGCUGUCUGUGUGGAAAGGUGUCAGGGACAGACUCUUUAAACACUACCAUUUUGCUGCCAAAGCAUACUUCAUGUAUCUCAGGAUGGGAAAUGUGGUAAUAAAACCAAACUCUUGUUGUGCCCUGACAGACAUAACUCCUCAGCUGUUUUCACGACUGAAUCACCCAGAAAGUUAUGUACGGCAGAGUGUUUCUGAGUUGCUGUGCCGUGUGGGUCAAGAUGCACCACACCUGAUAGUCUAUCCUGCAGUGGUUGGGUGUUCUACGUCACUUCCUAAGUACUUGCUGAGUAAAGGCAAAGAAGGAGAGGGUCUUCUUCCACUUCUUGUGUCAACUUCCACUGACUCGGCAGAAAAUAGUCAAAAUCAAGGCAGCCAACCCUGUGAGGCCCAAGGCGGCAAGACAGAGAGUGACGCACUGACCAGCUGCUACCAGACCAUCGUUGAAUCUAUUAGAACACACAAUCCUCAGCUAGUAUCUGACCUGCAGGGUUUUAUAAUGGAGUUACGCAGAAUCACUCUACUGUGGGAGGAAUUAUGGCAUGGCUCCCUUAUGCAGACUCAUCAUGACGUAACACGACGGCAGCAACAGCUUGAGGACGAGAUCAAGAGAGUCAAUGGUAACCAGAAUCUAACCAAUCAGCAGAAGGCAACACUGAUCAGGGAGAAACAUAUUGCUAUCAUGAAACCCGUUGUUUUUGCAAUAGAGCAGUUGAACAAAAUAACCUGUCAAGAACCUGCCACGCCUCACGAGCAAUGGUUCCAGAUGACUUACAGUGAUACGAUUCAAGCAGCACUGGAAGCCUUACAGAACCCUCCAGAUCCUUCUGACCACAGGUCCAGCUGGGAGCCAUUUAAACAGCUAUUACAAGCAUUCCAGGCCAGAUCUCAAAAACGUGCAGCUUACACCCUUUACAUGGAUGAGAUCAGCCCUUCACUUGCCAGUCUAAAAGCUUCUGCAGUCUACAUGCCAGGCCAGACACAUUUCAGUGGAAAGAUUGUCACCAUUGAUUCUGUAAUCAGAGAAGUCAACAUUCUGCCAACCAAAACCAAGCCUAAGAAGCUGGUGUUUGUCGGAUCUGAUGGACAGAGGUACACAUACUUAUUUAAAGGACUUGAAGAUCUUCAUCUUGAUGAAAGAAUCAUGCAGUUCCUCUCCAUCUGUAACAAUAUGUUUGCCAGAGUUGACAGCCACAAUUCUCCCCAAUUUUGUGCUCGCCAUUACUCUGUCACGCCUCUUGGCCCCCGGUCAGGUCUUAUACAGUGGGUGGAUGGGGCUGUUCCUGUGUUUGCCUUGUUCAAACGCUGGCAGCAAAGAGAAGCCAUGGCCAUCUCACUGGUGAAGUCUGCACAGGGUGCAAAUCAACCACCACCUCCACCCAUGAAACCAAGUGAACUUUACUACAGCAAAAUUACUCCUGCCCUUAAAGAGAAGGGUAUCACAGACCUGUCUAACAGAAAAGAUUGGCCUCUUAGUGUGAUGAAGCAUGUCCUAGAGGAACUCAUGAAAGAAACUCCUAGUGACCUGUUGGCCAAAGAGCUGUGGUGUUCUAGCACUAGUGCAGCAGAGUGGUGGCAGAUGACUCAGAGUUAUGCUCGAUCCACUGCAGUCAUGUCUAUGAUAGGUUACAUUAUUGGCCUGGGAGACAGACAUCUGGAUAACAUGCUGGUAGAUUUCACAACAGGGGAGGUAGUCCAUAUUGACUACAAUGUGUGCUUCGAGAAGGGUAAAGGACUGAGAGUCCCUGAGAAGGUUCCAUUUAGGAUGACACCUAACCUGGAGACAGCCCUGGGAGUGACAGGAGUGGAGGGAGUUUUCCGUCUGUCGUGUGAAGAAGUGCUGAAGAUUCUGAAACAAGGUCGUGAGACGCUGCUCACUCUCCUGGAAGCUUUUGUGUAUGACCCUCUGGUUGACUGGACCACUGCAAACGACACUGCUUUUGCCAGUGCCUUUUAUGGAGGAGGAGCUCCUGGUGUUACAGACAACAAAGUGAACAAGAAGGAGAUGGAAAGGGACGUCACUCAGAGCUUGUUUUCUUCACGUGUGGCAGAGAUGAAAGUUACUUGGACAAACAACAGGGACGAGUUGUUAUCUGGCAUGACCAAGUUAGAUGAACAGUUGGACACAUACUUGGUGUCUCUGAAACAAUUAAAAUCUUUGGACUUGUCAACUGAUGAACUUAAAGAUCAGCAGGAGACUCUCCAGGCAGCCAUCAGUAACACUCAACAUCCUCUGCACACUGUACAAGCCAAAUUUGAUGAAAAGAAGAAACUGCUAGCUGAUCAUGAUUCAGUGUUACAAUCCAUCGCAGAAAAACUUCUCGAAUGUCAGCAAUGGCAGGUUCAGCACAAGGCUGCAAUGGAGACCGUUCAUGGACCAAAGCUGGGGUCUCUUGUUGGUGAACUUCUUCAACCCCUUGACCUAGGUCUUCCAAGCUUUGCUCCAGCCAUCAGUUUCUUAAAGGGCGCAGGACAAGGACACAUUGUAAACCAGUGUGAACAGCUUGAAACAGAACUCUCAGGCUUGCUUCAUCAGAGACGUACCAUGUUCCGCUCCUGCCUAGACUUGCUUCACACCUAUGCCACUGUGACAUCGCUUUUUCCUUCAGAUUAUGUACAACAAAACAGAAGUUUUGAAUGGCAGAGUUGGCUUCAGUCCUUGGUAGACGAUUCCUCAACGAAGAAGUGUCAAGAUGUACUAGAGGAGAGUGAGAAGCUACAUAACAAACCAGUGGCUGACAGUCCUUUGACCCUAGCAGAAGUGACAGGGUUCAUGGCCAUGGAGGUCAAAUUACAGAGCAGUUUGACCGAACAGAAUGCCAAGUUCAUUAAGUUUUCUGAGCGCAGGAAACAAGAGAGUGUCGAGACAGCAUUCCUUCGCAAGGCUGUUGGGGAAACUUAUGGAGCACUGAAGAAAUACAUUACAGGAAAACAGCCUACAUCGUUUCGUUGUCUUACUAGUGUACUGAUCACGGCAUUAUGCUCCCUGAAUAAGAGGUGUUUAGCAAUGGAGAACACAGCUAAAGUUGCCAAGGACAGACUAUCUGAGUUGACGUCGAGAGAAGGCGACUGGUUUCUUGAUGAACUCUGCUCCAUGAGUGGUAAUGUGAAUCAACUACUGUUACUGCUGAAGGACCAUCCAAUGGAGGUCAAAGAGGAUCAGCAAGCUCUGUUAGGCCAGGCUCAGAAUUCCAUGAAAGCUGUUUUAGCAGUACAGAAGGUGUUCAUGGCUUUGCAGGAACUGAUGACAAACUUCAGGACAAUCAUUGUCCCAGAGGCAGUGAAGAGCAUCUAUGCUGAAGACCCAACUGUGUUUGCUGUCGUCCAGCAAGUUCAAGCUGUGGCUUGUUCACAAAAGCUCAGUCUGAUAGAACUCGCUGAGAACAUAGAAGCUCGGCUCUUGGAAGGACACUUAGCAGCACAGACGCAUAGCGCGGAGGAAGUCGAUACAGCAAUCCAGGAGAUGCACACUCAGUUUGAGAAGAUUCUUCAAACGAAUAAGAUCCCUGGCUCUGAUUCAGGUGAAGACAGCAGUAAUUCUAUGACAUCCGGUCAGAUGUUGCUAGCAGGGUUCAAUGGACUCUUCACCAAAGUGGCCAGUGAAUUGACAGACAUGUUCACAGCCUUUGAACGAGUUCACUUUGACGAGCACAAUUUGAAGUUUGACAUUGUACGAGAUGCACAGGAACUUCAGGUGACAAACGGUGCUAAAAAUGCUGACCUUCUUGGCAAGGUGUUCUUUCUCAAGAGGUUGGAAGUUAUCAUCUCAUUCUUCAAGAGUUGUAGGCUGGUUACGCUCUCACUUAAAGGCGUGUCCAGCUCAGCAGCUAAGCCAGGUUCUGUAAACUGUGUGGCAGAACCUUCAAACAACCUGUUUACCAACUCAGACAAUGUGCAUGCGGAGACGAAGACUUGGAAUCCCGACACAUGUUACAGUGAAGAUGACCUGGCUGUUCAUGUCAAACAUUUCAUUGCUGAUUGCGUUCAACAGUGCAUUAUGGGCCUGCCAUCACAAGCCCUGGCUGCGGUGGUUAUCGCGUUUGCAACCAUUUUGAGAAAUAAGGGGGAUAAAGAAUCCGCCAACGAGGAAGACGUGGUCUCUUUGGAGGAAUUUUGCAAGAAGGUUGUCGAUAGCAACAUCUCAAGUGGAAUUAUGAAGUCGAAACAUCUGUCACAGAUCACCAGCUUAACAAGUUCUUACGAUGUGGCGUGGAGGAAGCACGAUUUUGCCAAACGUCUCGAUAACAAUAUGAGCAUUUACAAGGGAGUGGUACAACGAGCUCAACUUCAGCUUGCAAGGUUUCAGUGGCUGUAUGAGGAUAACUUGCUGAGGUGUCCCAUGAGAGGAAACAACAUGAUAACACCAGCAAGGGCCACUGUCAUGGCAGACCUGAAAAAGCGUGUUCAAGGGCUGAUACACAUGGAUUCAGUCGUAAAAGGAGUGGAGGAGAAGUUUAGUACACAAGAGGCAAGCAUCGAACAACGUCUCAAGUGGGCAGCAGGAGCAAACCCCGCCCUGAACCCAGUGCUGCAGAAUUUCGAGAAGACCUUAGCUGCUAGGAAGAAGUUAAUGAUGGUGGAGAGCAAACAUUCUUCAGAUAUCUGUAACUUGUCAAAUGCCAUCCUUCACUGUGAGGCGCUGCGAACACACACAGCUGAUGCUGUGGGAAUAGACAACGUCAUGACUGCCUUGGUCAAGAGAUGCCAACAGAGCUCUGCCGAGUUGGAGAGUUGUUCGGAAAAGCUGCAUGAUGUGACCGAGGUAGCAAAGAAAGUGAAGGUAUCGUAUCCACCAGAGGCUCCUAUUACUCUGGACUGGAUGAAGAACAAGUUAGAGGCUGUGGGCCAGGAGAUGGCCUCCAUCAAGAGUAGAAAGUCACAGGCAGCCCAGGCUAUUAUGAAUAACAGAGACUCUAUCAAGGCGCAGGCAAGCUCAGUGAAAUCGACAAUGGUAUCCCAUCAACAGCUUAUUGGAGAUGUCAAGUCCAUGUUGACGACAAUGGCAAAGGAUGAGGAGGCUGCGGAAUCCCGCCCAGCCAAGCUGUUUAUAUCCACUCAUAACCGCCAAUCAGAGGAGUGUGCACAGCUGAUUAAGAGCAUUUUAGCAGUUUGUAGUGGGAAGAUCAGCGAUGGAAGAGAGAACGUGGAAGACAACAUCACUGAAGUGAAGUCCAUGGUGAAGUCAAUUAAAUCUCUUGUGCAAUGGGUUCACGAUCAUCUUCUGUCGCUAGCUUCACCGCUUGUUCCUGAUGAGUGUGGGUCCAGUGCAGGCAAGACACCUAUUGUUGCUCCACCACCCACAUUUGCAUCAGCUCUUCGCCAAGGGGGCAACGUUGUCGCAGCGGGUGGAAAGGAUUCCCCGGGACCAUCCGAAACUGGAUCUCCUCACCCAGUCAUCCUACAGAGGGACCUUGCAGCUAGUCCGUCAGGUGCUGGCUCACCGACAGCCUCUGUCAGGCUCGUAGCAGCAGCGAGCCCUAGACGAAUUUCAACAACAACUCUGGCAAGAGACCCAAGAACCGGCAAAGCCCUUCAAGAGCGUAACACUUACGCGAUCAGUGUGUGGCGACGAGUCAAAUCUAAGCUGGAUGGUAGAGAUCAAGAUAACAAGAAAAUGUCUGUUCCAGACCAGGUUGACUUUGUGAUUCGCGAGUCGCGAAGCGUGGACAAUCUGAGUCAGAUGUAUGAAGGUUGGACAGCCUGGGUGUGAUGUCAACAGCACAGGAAUAUGUGAAUAAACAUGACCUACUCUUCCAAGAGCUAACAAGGGCCAACCACACCAGCCACCGUAGAAGCAUCAUAGAAAGCCGUAAGUCGGCGGGCAGCUUUACGAAGGCUACGUACAGUCAUGUAGCUAACAACAGCAAUUAUUUAUCAAAGCAGACCGCAUGCCACAGAUAAUACCUUACGAUGCUUGCACAACUAAGAAAGAUUUUGUUAUGGUGGUAUUCAUGUAAGUGGUUUGGCGACGAGCUUUGUUUAGCAGUGUUUCUGGCAUUCGUCGUAUGUACGGUAGCGAGAGUAACUUAUAAAAUUUACCUCUUACCUUGAUGGCCUCCCAUUCAAUCUUUUCCAUUUUGCAAAGCGGGAGCAAAGAACAAAGUUAUAAGUUACUCAAAUGCCCUGAAAGUUAAAGAACGUAGCGCUAAGACGGUUGCAAAGUGUAUCGUCGAUAGCUUCACAUUUGAAGAAAUUAUUGUAGAUCUGUAGAGAGCAGAACGACACCUUACGUAACGAUUUUCAAACCUCAAACUUAUUACUCAGCUCCUUUAUUUGCCAAAAGUGCCCAUAGCUGACAUACAUCUCAGAUUUUCUGAAAGGGGCAUUAAUUAAUAUUCUUGAGAAUGUAUCUACAAGUUAUUGAAACAAACUAACGUAAAAACCUUCAUGGCUUAGAUGUGAAAACGAUUUUCUGUAAACUGUUAGAAGUACUUAGUGAUAAGGAAAGUUGAAACAGCAGUUAGCAUUUUAGACAAGGUUAGCGCAAGCGCAGACGUGCGAAAUGCGAAAAAACCCGUCCAUUUAAUGCUUUAUCUAAUUGGUAUGUCACUAUUAAGGAUGACAAUGUCUUCCUUUGCCAUCUAAAAUUAUUAAAAACCAAAAUAGCAUGAUUGCAGCAUGCAAUAAAUUCACCAUGUAAUGUCAUCGCUUAUGCUGCAAAAUUCCAUCUACAUGCAAAGCCUUUUGAAGCCUUUGGUGAUUUUUUUUUUCAGCUUAUUUUUGUUAGUUUAUCUUUAUUAUAGACUGUGUUGCCUUGUUUUGACUUUUCCUGGCUAGUUUAGUGGUUAACACUACUUGUGAAUUUCCUUUCUGUUAAAUUGAUAGUACCUCACAAGGAAUUUGGAACACUAAACAAAGAGGCCUGCCAGGGAGUGGGGUGGGGUAGGUCGAAGUAGUACCCAUGCCCACUCAUUUUGUGAUUGAUGUUCUUUGAUUCGGUCUUAAGGCCCUGUCAAAAAUUGGAGACAAAGAUCUUACUCUGCACAAAUUCAAUCAAGCGCUAUUGCGGAUAUUGAAACCUUUUCCCUUGUGGGAUUAAUCCCUGGUGGAGCCUCCAAUUGUACAAGUUUUGCCUCGUAAAGACACCUGUCCAUUUACUUUAUUUAAUUAGUGAGUUAAAAACAAGAACUGGUGAGUUUCAAUUUUCUGUUCUGUGUUGAAUUAGUUAGCGUUACCUGGCAGUCACUCUGCAUAUUUAUUGUUAGCAGUGUAAACCCUGUUUUGUAUUUUUGGCCUUAGUUAUACCCUGCCAUGAAAGAGGAGGAGGGGUGGAGAGGGCUAGUCCGAAUGCCAAAGCAGCCUUGUUGUUUUUGGUCUUUACGUUGUCGAUCUCGGUUUGACAUUUGCAUGUACUUUACUGUUAGACACAGGAAACAAUUGUGGUGCCCAUGUGGUGGUGUUGCAGUUCAGGCUGUUGCUUGUCGGAUUUUAUCCUGGCAGGGUUUUAUAAGUAUUUUUGGCCUUCUUGAUCUUAAUUUGCAAUGAACUUUAUGACAUUUAAUGAUUAUAGUAACUUGAUAAUUUGCACAUUAUUGAUGUUUAUCUGCAUGUACAAUUAACUUUUUGAAGGUUUCUGUAAUCGGUUGGUAGGUUAAUUUGACAAUAUUCUCUGGGAACAAAACAUUCUUGGCGAGAUUUUUAAUACCUGAACUUAAAAAAAAAAAGAAAAGAAACAAUGACAGUUGAAUUACGUCAAACGUAGGCAAGAGUAUCGACACAAACACCAACAAACUUUCAAUCAUUUCAAGUUAACUUUGAAUCGUAGUUCAAUCUAGUCUGAAUCUUACCAAACCUUCUAACUUACUGUUGUUUCAACUUUAAAGUUGUUCAACCUUACAAUGCUAGAGCUCUAAAGAUUUUCGAGUUGUGAUGAAUUAACGUAUGAAUUCUAAACUGUUAAGAUUGCGUUAACAGGUUGUGAUUACAUCUGACUCCUUACAUUGAGUUUUUAAUUCUUACGAUUUUUUUCGAGAAGUCACGAAGAAAAUUUGUCGCCAGAGAUUAGUUUGUUACUUCAAAGUUAUGUAAUUUGAUCGUGUUCAUUUUUGCAUCUCUUACGUUAUAAUUAUUACUAACCUACUAAUGCCUUUGUAAGUUUAUGAUCGUUUAUGCUAAUAAAAUGUAACCCAAAAAG